AUGGAGACCAGCAGCAGCCCGCCCUCUGUGACCCCCGCGUGGGACGUGUUCCCGCAGCAGACGCUGGGUGCCAUCGACAUCGCCGUCCUGGUGCUGUACUUCGUGUUCGUCCUGGCGGUGGGGCUGUGGUCCAUGUGGAAGACGCAGCGCAGCACCGUGAAAGGCUACUUUCUGGCUGGAGGACAGAUGGUUUGGUGGCCUGUGGGUGCAUCCCUGUUUGCCAGCAACGUCGGAAGCGGCCACUUCAUCGGCCUGGCCGGGUCGGGAGCCGCCGCGGGCAUCGCCUCGACCAGCGUCUCCGACCUUCCUCUCCGUUUGCUUUAGGGGAUGUUCUGUGUUCUGGUGCUGGCCUGGCUGUUCCUCCCCAUUUACAUAGCGGCAGGGGUCACCACCAUGCCCGAGUACCUGCGCAAACGCUUUGGGGGCAGAAGGAUUCAGAUGUUCCUGGCGAUUCUCUACUUGUUCAUCUAUAUCUUCACCAAAAUAUCAGUGGACAUGUACGCGGGGGCCCUCUUCAUCCAGCAAGCCCUGCACUGGGACCUCUACAUCGCGGUGGUGGGCUUACUGGCCAUCACCGCCGUCUACACCGUGGCGGGUGGCCUGGCCGCUGUGAUAUACACGGACGCUCUGCAGACGCUCAUCAUGCUCAUCGGGGCCGUGACGCUCAUGGUCUUCAGCUUUGUCAAAGUCGGCGGUCUCGAAGGUUUGCAGACAAAAUACUUUGACGCCAUUCCCAGCAUCCGCAAGGAGAACAGCAGCUGCGGCUUACCCAGAGAAGACGCUUUCCACAUUUUCCGGGACCCAGUUCACUCCGACCUUCCCUGGCCAGGCGUUCUGGUGGGAAUGACCAUCCCGUCCCUGUGGUACUGGUGCACAGACCAGGUCAUCGUGCAGAGGUCCCUUGCUGCUAAAAGCCUCUCUCACGCCAAAGGAGGCUCCCUGAUGACCUCCUACUUGAAAAUCUUGCCCCUCUUUAUGAUGGUGAUGCCGGGCAUGAUCAGCCGCAUCCUCUUCCCAGAUCUGGUGGCUUGUGCAGAUCCCGAAAUCUGCCGAAAAAUCUGUGGCAACCCGUCCGGCUGUUCCGAUAUUGCUUAUCCCAAGCUGGUCCUGGAACUGCUGCCUGUCGGACUCAGGGGCCUGAUGAUGUCAGUGAUGAUAGCAGCUCUCAUGUCCUCCCUGACUUCCAUCUUUAAUAGUGCCAGCACCAUCUUCACCAUGGACCUCUGGAAACACUUCCGUCCUCGCUGCUCCGAGUGGGAACUCAUGAUCGUUGGCAGGGUCUUUGUGCUGCUGCUCACGGUGGUCUCCAUCCUGUGGAUCCCGCUGGUGCAGGCCGGCCAGGGGGGACAGCUCUUCAUUUACAUCCAGUCCAUCAGCUCCUACCUGCAGCCCCCUGUGGCCGUGGUCUUCAUCCUGGGCUGCUUCUGGAAAAGAGCCAACGAAAAGGGCGCGUUCUGGGCCCUGGUGAUCGGGCUGCUGCUGGGCAUCAUUCGGCUGGUGCUGGACUUCAUCUACCCCGAGCCCCAGUGCGGCGAGCCGGACCCGCGGCCGGGCGUGGUGAAGUACAUGCACUACCUCUACUUCUCCAUGGUGCUGGCUGUGAUCUCCGCGCUCACCGUGCUGGUCGUCAGCCUGCUGACGGAGCCCCCCUCGGACGAAAUGAUAAGUCGGCUUACCUGGUUCACUCGUGGGGAUCUGCCGGCCAAGAAAGACCUAGCAGUCAGCCCUUCCCCUGCCGCUGCCAAAGGAGCGUGUGAAGCUGAGCGCCCAGCUCUCCAGAUUGAUAUAAGCAUUGCUUCUGAAAAUAGUUCAAAUGAUAACAAAUGUACGACUCGCGCCAAAGGGAGCUCGAGGCUGAUGGCCGCCCUUCUGUGGCUCUGCGGGAUGGAGCGCAAACAGGAAAAUGCCGAGAGCGCGGUGCCGACGAAGCCCGAGCCGCUUCCCGUGACUUCCCUGGAGGAGAAACCGCUGGUGAAACACGUCCUGAACAUCAACCUGCUGUUGUGUGUGUGUGCCGGGAUCUUCCUCUGGGCGUACUUCGCAUAG